AAUAUUAAAAUCGUUGAAAAGUUGUUACAAAAAUUGGGAGUUCGGAAACAUGUCGAAUUGCAACUCAUUUUCGAUCGCCUGGUUAGCCAAGGAAAUUGGGAUCACAUGCAACUUGUUAAAUACCUUGCUUCAGUAUCUAACAGCCUCAAAGAAAUCGAGUUGAGAAGACUGAAGGUUACUGCGAUUUGGCCAAAAGAACAAAAUACGAAGCAUGAAACUUCAUUAGCAAAAGGAAAUGUCGAUGAUAUUAAAGCUAAGCCAAAGAUUCUUAGGUUCUUAGCAAGUGAUCUAUAUGCACCAUCAGCUGAAAUGAGAGAAUUUGGGAUGCCUUUAAUUGAAUGGAACGGUAAAUGGCGGAAAAACAGUGAAGAAGCGAAAUUUCUUUUUUCAUUGGGUUUGCGAGAAUAUCCACCGCUUAAAGUUAUUCUCCAGCUUGCUGAUGCCUCUAAUUCAGAUACGGUAUUAAGGAGCAAAGCUCUAAAAUAUUUUAUGGACAAUUUUAAAGAUAAAUAUUCUUCCGAAUAUAGGGCUGAAGAAGUAAAAGUGGCAUUUUUGCCAUGUACCGACCCUAAAAUCUAUGAGACACCAAAGGGCUGUUUUUCCAACGCUGAAUGCACAAUAAUGAAUUUUAAUGCAUUACACCAAGAUUUAC